UCUCUCUCUCUCUCUCUCUCUCUCUCUCUCUCUCUCUCUCUCUCUCUUAAUACCUCUUUUAUUUGAACAUGGGGACUGAAGUUUUUGGAGUAGAUGCCACACAGAAAUAACAUUUACACCACUUCACAGCGGUGUACAAACUGAGUCUUUCAAAGGCUUACAGACACAGGGGAGCAGCUCAUCACAGAAAUGAAGUCUCUUCAGAUACUAAGACCAGCUUGUGUGGCAUUAUGGAGACCAAACAGAUGUGUUUCCUGUCUACUUGGGCUGAUCAUCUAUUUGGGCUGUGCUGCAUCCUUCAACAUCAGCCCAAUGACAACAGGCCUGCGCUCUGCCUUUUCUGCCACACGUAGCAGCAGCAUAUUGGGUGGCACUCAACGAGCUGUGACCUUUGACCGCCUUCUAGUCAACAUCGGAGAAGAUUUCAAUCCAGAGACGGGCACUUUCCGUUGCCGCCUGCCUGGUGCGUACUACCUCUCAUUCACAGUGGGAAAGUUCCCGAAAAAGAUGCUGUCGGUCAUGCUGGUGAAGAACGGGAUGGAGGUGCAGGCCAUGGCAUAUGAUGGAUACCAGAACCAGGGCCGCAAGGUUCAAAGCCAGAGCGUGAUGAUCAGUCUAAAACCUAUGGAUACAGUCUACCUGCUGCUUCAGGAGAAUCCCCACUAUGCCAUCUACAGCAAUGUCGGACCAUACAUCACAUUUAGUGGUUAUCUCAUCUACCCAGACUCUACAUCUUCUGUUGGAUAUCUCAAUAACCACCUAUCUCCUCCAGGCCUUCAUCUUCCGGGUUGUCCUCCCCCUGUAGAUGCCUAUUAUGAUUGGAGAAGAAGAACAACCAUUGAGGAACCACGUUCUGCAUUUUCAGUGGCAAGAACUAGAUCAGCGCUGGGAGAAAGCAGAGGGCAUCGUGAAAGAGAGGCUCUCACGUUUGAUGUAGAGUAUGUGAACAUUGGUGGCCAUUUUAACAAAACAUCCGGACAUUUUACCUGCCACUUCCCUGGUGCGUACUACUUUGCUUUUACCGUGGGAAAGCACCCUCGUCGUGCGGUUUCAGUGAAGCUGAUGACGGGCAAAGGGGAGGUGCGGGCCAUGGUGUUCGACGAGGACAUGUCGCGGCGGAGAGAGAUGCAGAGUCAGAGUUUGCUGCUGUCACUGAAAAGAGGAGACACUGUCUGGCUGUACAGUCAGCAGGAUGAAGGUUAUGCCGUUUACAGCAACCAGGGAAGAUAUACAACCUUCUCUGGUUUCCUGGUCUACCCUGACGGCGAAUCCAUGAACAUAGACAGAACUUUCCCUUGAGAACCAAAGCGUAACGUUAUUGCCUAACACACACACACACACACACACACACACACACAUAUAUAUAUAUAUAUAUAUAUAUAUAUGUAUACACACACACACAUACAUAACAUAUACUAAAUUACAAGUGUAAAAAGUAUACCUACGCUUUAGUUUAGUUUAGAAUGGAAUUUGGAACAAUGUGAAAGCCCUUAUGGUUAGCAGAUCAUUAGUUAUUGUACAUUAAAUUGGAACUUUAAUUAACAUAUAUUCGUAUUAAAUGUAAAAGAUCGACUGAUCUGUUAAGCACUAGCAUAUAUCCCUUUUGUUAACUCAUUAGUGAAUGUUACUAUAAAUGUACUAUUUCUUGUAAGCUCUAUUUGUUUAGAAUGUUAUGUUAGUGUAACAGUCUCACAUGGUUAGAAAGUAAAAUGUACGCAGGCACAGUUGAUGCUGAUUUUAUUGUUCCAUUGUAAUUACUAUUGUUAACAUGUAGCCUAGUACUUUAACAAAUAUUAAAAAUGUCCGAUAUCUUU